AUGAAUUUCCAUACCUGGAUCGCUGGAAAUGAUGGCCGGAUGACGGAGAACAAGGCCGGCGAAGUUUCUGUCAAAAUCGGAGACUUUCCUUCUAGUUUUCCGGUGGUUUCGCUGCGGCUGGCGUCAGAGCUUGGUCGGAGAAGGUGCCGGGGUGGUGGCGGAGCGAUUCAGUGGGUUGAUUUGCAGGUUGGUGGCGGCUAG